UUGGGCUUCAUUCGCGCUUGUCGUUACCAUGAAAGCGGUUCUCUGCGCGAUUUUCGUCACGUUGCUGGCCACCUUUGGUCGAGGCUUGCCCACCCAGCUGGAGGAUCAGAGUCAGGGAUCCUUUGCCGGUCAGAUUUCCCAACUGAUUGCUCUGCAGCUGCUCAAGUUCAACAAGGACAUCGAUGCCAAUCAGGUGCAUUCGCCGCUGGGAGUAGCCUCUAUUUUGGCUGUUUUGGCGGAGGCCUCCGAGGGCGAUACCUACUCCGAGUUCCAGCAGGUCUUCGGUUACCCUAAGGAUCGCACGCAGCUGAGGGAUGCCUACAAGAGGAUUCUGGGAAGCUACCAGAACAGAGAUGCUGCUGUGGCUCUGCCGUCCUUCCAAACCUGGUUGUACGUCUACCGGAAUAGCAGUGCCAGGGAGGAGUUCAAGGAUCUUCUCGAGAAACACUACUACGUGGAUGUGAAGGAUAUCAGUCGCCAGGAGUACGAUUGGAAUGAACCGAACACCUCACUGCAACUGUCAGAGGAAAAGGACAAUACAGACUCCGCUGAGGGAAGCACCGAGCAGAGCAACAGCAAGGACGUCAUUGGAUUUGAAACCCUCAAGAGGAUUAACCUGGAUGACGAGGACAUACCUGCCAUUCCAGCUGACGGCUAUGGCCAGGAAAUCAUCGAUAAAGAGGCCUCCAAGUUCGAUCGUGAUAUAGAUGACAAGCAGUAUGUGGAAAAACCAGUUGCCCUGGCUGAGGCCGAGCUACUAAAGAAAGAACAGCAGCAGCAGCAGGCGACCACAGAAUCAGAAUUGGAGUCCCAGCCCGAGGAAACUACAACUCUUGCUGUGGAAAAACAGGAAAAACCAGACAUAGCAGCGGAGGAAAAUCCAGCUGAAAAGCAGCAGAACAAGCGCAGCGACCAGGAGGAAAGCCAGAUCAAGAACCUGGAGGAGAACGAGACGGUGCAGGAGGAGGAGAAGUUGGCCAAGAUCAUGGCGGCUCCCGCUGUGACCGCCAGUGAACCCGAAAAGGUGCGUCUGCCCCUCCAAAAGCUGGAAAACGCUGUGAAGACGGUGGCCAAGGAUGGUGCCGAUGAAAUAAUGCUUGCCCUGGAGUCGCGCUUGUCUUCCGUUAGUCGGGUCUAUGGAGCACGUAGCUUGUUCCGCCAGGACGACAUCGCCUCCGCCUUGAGUGCCAACUCCAUCACCGGUCGCUCGGCAGGAUCCAAGUCCAAGAUGCUGCUCUUCAACGGGCUCUACUACCGCGGCAGCUGGGCGACUCCUUUCUACCAACUGAGAGACGGCAGCGAUGAGUUCUUCUUCAUGACCAACGAGGAUGCCAUGAAGGCUCCUAUGAUGCAUGCCCGAGGAAAGUUCCAGGUGGCAGAGCUUCCUCAGGUCAAGGCCCGAGUUCUGAGUCUUCCCUACGAAACUUCCCGAUAUGCCUUGUGCAUUGUCUUGCCCGACGAAACGGAGGGACUGAGUGACGUGAUAUCCAACCUUCAGACCAGCGACUUCUUGCUGGCCAAGAAGCAAUUCCAAGCAAAGGAGCUGCAUGUUUCGCUGCCCAAGUUCCAAGUGGAGGAGACCUCCCGCUCCGAGGCAAUGCUUAAGCAGAUGGGUCUGAAGAAGGUCUUCUCGAGGACCGAAGCUCAGCUGGGCUUGCUGUCCGAGGAUCCCGACGUGCAUGUAGACGAGAUUGUGCAGUUCGUGAACGUCCGGGUGGACGAGGGAGGUAGUAGUGCCAAUUCCCUGUCAGCUGCCACCAUGCAGGCCAGGUCUCCUAGUUCCGAGUCCACUGUACUGCCCGUUCCAGAGCCUGAGCCCGAACAGCCAGGAGUAGAGCGCUUCGAGGUCAAUCGUCCUUUCGCCUACUUCAUCGUGGACUGCCAGGAGCAGUUUGUCCUGGCCUCUGGAAAAGUCUACACGCCCGAGUUUAAGGAAGAUCUGCCCUCCGUUUCCGUCGAAGUGGAACUGGAACAGUCUUAGUCUGCUAGCUUAGUCUCUCAUAAGUAUCAUAACGAAUUUUCACCGAUCCAUGCAAUAAACGUGCACAAUUCAUUUCCCAAAA